AUUGUAGUGUCAGCGAGAGACCGCUCUCCGCGCAGGCGCAAAACGACAGCCACUUCCGGGCUCAAGCGCAGCGUUUCGCAAAACGAGAAAAUCCCGUGGAGGAUUCCCAGAGUGACAAUGGCUACCUACAGCCUGGCGAACGAGCGUCUACGCGCCCUGGAAGACAUCGAACGGGAAAUCGGCGCCAUUCUUCAAAAUGCAGGUUCGGGAUACGACGACCAAAGGGCAGGGAGCGAGAGUACAGUGAUCUUGGAACUGUCCAAGGAAAAAACCAAUGAGCGGCUCCUAGACCGGCAGGCGGCAGCCUUCACGGCGUCCGUGCAACACGUUGAGGCGGAGCUGUCGGCUCAGAUCCGCUACCUCACCCAGGUGGCCACAGGGCAGCCCCAUGAGGGCUCCAGCUACUCUUCAAGGAAGGACUGUCAGAUGGCCCUGAAACGAGUGGAUUAUGCCCGCCUCAAGCUCAGUGACGUGGCCCGGACCUGUGAGCAGAUGCUGGAAAACUAAGCCAAGGAGCCCGUGGAGCAAGAGCUUCACGGGAGACCACCGUCUGCAUCCCAGGACAGGACCUGGAGACCCGGAGGAUGGGAGCAUGGGCUGCCACACACAUGCUCUCCCGGUUAGAGUAUAGUAGGACAAAGGGGCAAAAGGUGGGAAUGGAGAAACUUAAAAGACCAAGCCUGCCCACAACUAUGCCCAGGCUCCUGCAGCAGGGUGCUCCUGCUCUGCACUUGACAGAAGCACUGACAAGCUGAGACAGGAGAUGGAGAUUCAGAUACCUAACCCACUUCAUAUGCUUCAUGUCCCCGCCCCAGGCUUCCUGCAGACUUGGGCCACUGAAGACAUUCCUCUUCAUUGGAAAAAGACUAAACAAGAACUAAGGAUUUUAGUAAUAAAAACAUAACAAUAAAAACAAGGA